AUGCACAAGGUGCAUGCUAGAUCUGUCGACACCACAUUGAUCGCUGGCAAAUGGGACACUGUUAAUGCAGGACAGUAUUCGCUGUUCAAUGAUCUAUGGAAUCAGCAAAAUGCUACCUGGGGCUCCCAAACAUCUCAGAUCACGUCAUUGAGCGGUAGUAGUAUUGCCUGGAUAACCACAUACACCUGGGUUGGCGAACCCGGCCAAGUCAAGAGCUUCGCCAAUAUCCAGCUUAAUACCGGCGUCAAUCAACAGCUGAGUGCUAUUUCCAGCAUACCUACUACCUGGCAGUGGGGUCUGUCGACCAGCGGACUAGUCUCGGGUGAUGUGGCCUACGACCUAUUCACAUCUUACAACGCUGGUGGCUCGAAUGUGAACGAAAUCAUGAUCUGGCUUGCAAACGUCAACUCCGGACCAAUCUCUAAGGAGUACAACGCCGAGGGCCAAGCUGUCCCUAUCGCGACCAACCUCUCAUUGGAAGGUUAUACCUGGGACUUGUACUCUGGAUAUAACGGAGUCAACCAAGUUUACUCGUUUCUCCUGACCAGUGGUACCGUCGAAUCGUUCAGCGGUGAUAUUUACCAAUUCCUUUCGUACCUGAUUAACAACAAGAGCAUAGGCUCGUCGCAGUACCUCACCGCUGUUCAGGCGGGCACAGAGGCCUUAACUGGAACAGCACAAUUCGUUACGUAUAACUACAACUUGGCUGUCAACUAAAAUGAUUUGAUGUGCUCGUUGUACUGGUUUCGAUGUACAUGAUUGUAGGAGCUUGUCCUCUUACACUCGGUGCGUCAUCGGAGAUACCUUUUUAUUCUCCUGAUUUUAUCAAUCCCAUCCCAACUGUCUCACCUCGUGCUGUGCAUGAGCACUAGCACAGUACUUGGUCUUGUGGACAUCCCACUCUUUUGACUUGCCAUUCGCUCAGACAUCCCACUCGUUUCCUACCCGUUCGCUUUAAAAGCCGGUUUCGGUAUACAAGACGGUAUCUAUCAAUUUGAAGUGUCGAACAGCAUCCUAUUGCUAAUCCCUUUGGCCAUUCGUUUACUCAUUCCCCUCGUUCGCUUUGAUAGCCGUAUGUCAUAGAUGACAUAUAAGCCACGUAGCCUAGUGCAU